CGUAGCGGGGAAUGCUGUGACGCAGUGUGACAGUAAAGGAAAAGCUAUAUGAAUGUGAAAUUGUGAACCGCACAUGAACGCGAUUCAGGAAUUUAUGAUUUUAGGUGUAACGGAUAGUGGCCGCUCCAAUAUUGUUUCGCGAAACUGUUUUGUGUGACAUCGGUAGAAAUGUAGUUCGUGUUAUUUAAAGAACAUUUUGUGAUUUAAUUGUACAUACACAUUUGUUUUAUUAACCAAGGUUAAUAAUAAACUCAUUUAUUCCAUGACUUCCCCACCAAACAAUACGUUAACAGAAAAUGACAGUAUUAGAUACAGAAGAAGACGCGGAUAAACGUUCAGUUCCCCCUAGAAAGAAAUUUUGCUUAGCCCUUUCUGGUCGUGAACGUACAAUUUCUAACAUCUCUCAGGCUUCCCAGACAACAGUUAAGGAGAGCCUUCUGAACAGAGAAACUUUUACAUAUAGUACAAGCAAAAUGUUGAAUGGCUAUCGCAAUCAGCUUAGCAAUCAUCAGGAUGGAAGUUAUGAUGUAUCGAACAGUGGUACAGAAGGAUUGAGAAUAGCUACCUUGUGUAAUUUAGGAAAUACAUGUUUCUUAAACAGUGUAAUAUAUACUUUAAGAUUUGCACCAUCCUUCCUACAUAAUUUGCACCAUUUAGCCACUGAUUUGUCUAAUGUAAAUGAUAAACAACUUCAAACUAAAAUGAAAUCAUCAUCUUUGGGUAGGACUGGCAUGUCGCUUACGUCGAGCGGCAGUCGUAGUUGGAGUAGCAAAGAUUUGUUAGCUUUGGCUGGAUCCACUGGAGAUAGCAGUAAACAUAAAAUACAAAUAGCUACCGAAAAAUUACACGAAUUGUUUAUAGCGUUACGUGCAUCCGAAGCAAGAGAAAAUAGCGAACCGUAUCAACCAGAUGCAUUUUUACAAGCACUUAGAGACGUAAAUCCUAUUUUUGAAGGGAACCAGCAGCAAGAUGCUCACGAACUUUUAGUAUGUUUACUUGAUAACAUCAGGGAAACAUUUCAGUUGUUGGUCAGGCAUAGGGAGAGUCAGUUUGGUCAAAACAGUGAUGGAUUAACGGACUUCUCCACGGAACAUUUAGCGAACAUACAGUCAAAAAGUAGCAAUUCCAGCAAGAGAAGCAUCUGCAAAUCUAGGAAAAAAAAGAAGAUAACAACGGUAGGGAGUUCGUCGUGUAUUGUACAGUCGAAUUUAAACGGGGUGUCAGCAUCCUCCAGACCAUAUGAAAACGGUCACGCUGAAUUUUUGGAAAGCAACGGAGAUAUUAGUAGUCGUAGACCGGAAAGCAAGAAGUGCUUCAUUUCCGAGGAUUUCGAAGGAGUUAGUCUUUUGCAAACCACAUGCCUUGAGUGUGAACACGUCACGGAAAGAAAAGAAACAUUUUGCGAUAUAUGUGUGCCUAUUGAUAUCGACCGAUCGAACGAAACAGACGAAGAAGUAAGAUCGAUGGAUAGCAGCGAAGUAUAUAAACGUGCAGUAGUUACUAGCGAACUUCUUUGGGGCAGAGAUAAAUAUUGGUGCGCCAGUUGCCUUCGAUACAACGAAGCUCGAAGGGCUGUAUGUUUUCCAUCCUUACCGAGACUUCUCAUACUGCAACUGAAGAGAUUCUCCACCGCAGCCGGGUCAAUGGAAAAAAUUAAUAACCACAUGCCAACGCCAUUAACCUUGCAAUGUUUCUGCGAAGAAUGCAACAACGAUCAGACUCGCGGGGGCACAGGGGGCAAAUCAGAAUCCCGUCACGUGUACAAGCUGUAUUCCGUCAUUAUGCACCAGGGUGCAACGAUGACGGCCGGUCACUACGUCGCUUACACUCGAUUACCUGAUGAAUCUGCGUUCGCGGAGUACUUCCAAUGCGAUCGAGACAGCAAGCGACAAACUUCUAGUCAGAGUAGUAGCGGUACAAGUACAAACUCAUCCUCAUCCGACAAAGCAUCCGGUAUAUUAAAGUACUUCAGAAGCAAACCGAGUGCUAGCGAAACCAAGGAGCAAUUAAUAAGGGUCGGUUGCCGUAGCAUGGAUUGCUGCGGCAUACGUCGUCACAAACACCCUAGCACAUGGCUGGAAUGCGACGACGAAGCGGUACACGUAAUCCCGUUACGGGAAUUGGAAGAUAAAUUAGCACCAAAUCCGCGAAAUUCUGCUACCCCUUAUCUCUUGUUCUAUGUGAGGUCCAUGACGUAAACAGUAUUUUCCUCGUAGAAAUGUAUUAAAAUAUCGAAACUAAAAGUGCAUCGGGCCUCGUUUAUUCCCUGCUAAUGACUGCUCUGUGAUGUCAUACACAUUCCAAAAUCUGUUUACUCUGUAUGUACUACGUUGGACUUAGACGAGCGUGUAUAAUUUCCUAGAGAAUAAAUUUCUGUAUUCGAAACUCGUUUGAAGGUUUAGAGUCUGGUAGUCGAGAAACGCGCGAUAAGUUCUUCGGUUCGAACGAUGAUGCUGAUCGGGUCUUAACUAUCGGUAUUCACGAAAUGUCAAUUUGUAUUUAGACGAUUAAUGUUAGUUGGACGUGGAGCAUUUUAUUUUUAACCUGUCACUGUGAAAAUAAAAGUGUGUAUUCUUCAUUUUAUUUCCUUCUUCUUUUUAGCUCGUAGGCAUUUUCGGAUUAAACCAAUGGAAUACUAAUGAU